AGCGCUAGCGCCGCCAUGCCUAGCUCCACCGGACAGCCCGACGGCGGCGGGGGCGCGCGCGGCAGCGGACCCGGGGCGCCGGUCUGCGGGGACCCUAGCCCGGGUCCCCCGCCGCCGCCGCCGCCGCCGCCGCCCCCGCCCGAGGGCGCCGAUGAGGCCGCGCCCGCCGCCCGGCCGCCGCCCGAGCCCGACGACGCGGCCGCCGCGCUGCGCCUGGCCUUGGACCAGCUCUCGGGUCUGGGGCUGGGGGGCGCGGGCAACCAGGACGAGGAGGGGGCGACCGCGGGCGGCGGAGACGGAGCGGGUGCAGCGACUGGGGGCGCAGACGGCGGGGCCGCGGCGGAGCCGGCGCCCCCCGACGGGCCUGAGACGGGGGCGCCCGGGGCGGCCGUGGCCCCCGGCCCGCUGCCGCUGCUAGAGCCGGACGUGAGCCCCCCGCCGCCGCCUCGGCCGUCGCCGCCCGACGUGUUCGCAGGCUUCGCGCCCCACCCCGCGGCGCUGGGCCCCCCGACGCUGCUGGCAGAGCAGAUGAGCGUGAUCGGCAGCCGCAAGAAGAGCGUGAACAUGACCGAGUGCGUGCCCGUGCCCAGCUCCGAGCACGUCGCCGAGAUCGUGGGUCGCCAGGGGUGCAAGAUAAAGGCUCUGCGAGCCAAGACCAAUACGUACAUCAAGACUCCUGUGCGAGGGGAGGAGCCGGUCUUUAUCGUGACCGGCCGCAAGGAGGACGUGGAGAUGGCCAAGCGUGAGAUCCUGUCGGCCGCCGAGCACUUCUCCGUGAUCCGGGCCACGCGGAGCAAGGCGGGCGGGCUGCCGGGUACCGCACAGGGCCCACCCAACCUGCCCGGACAGACCACAAUUCAGGUGCGCGUGCCCUACCGCGUGGUGGGGCUGGUGGUGGGGCCCAAGGGCGCCACCAUCAAGCGCAUCCAGCAACGGACGCAUACAUACAUCGUGACGCCUGGGCGCGACAAGGAGCCGGUGUUUGCCGUGACGGGCAUGCCCGAGAACGUGGACCGGGCGCGCGAGGAGAUAGAGGCCCAUAUCACACUGCGCACGGGGGCCUUCACCGACGCCAGCCCUGACAGCGACUUCCACUCCAACGGCACAGAUGUCUGCUUGGACCUGCUCGGGGCGGCUGCGGGCCUCUGGGCUAAAGCCCCCAACCCGGGCCGCCGGCCCCCAGCGCCCACAGCCAGCCUCCGUGGGGACACUGCGCUGGGUGCUCCGGGAGGUCCUGAGUCCUUCUACGCGGCCAGUCGUGGGGGGCCGCCGGUGCCUGUGCCGGUACCGGACGCCGGCCCCGCCAGCCCCUACGGCACCUCUGGCAAUGGGGGCUUCACCUUCGGCGGGGACGGUCCUGGGGCCCCUACGGGGCCACCCGCCCCCGAGGACUGCGACUUUGGCUUCGACUUCCUGGCGCUGGACCUGACCGUGCCCACCGCGGCCACCAUCUGGGCGCCUUUCGAGCGGGCCACCCCGCUGCCGGCCUUCGGUGGCUGCUCAGCGGUCAAUGGGGCCCCCGCCCCGCCAGCCCCGGGUGCCCGACGCAGCAGCGGGACCGGCACACCACGCCACUCGCCCACGCUGCCCGAGCCCGGUGGCCUAGGCCUGGAGCUCCCGCUGGCCCGCCGGCCUACACCGGACCCAGUGGGCGCCCUGCCCUGGAGGCCCCCACAGGGCUCCCUGACGUCCUUCUCAAGCAGCGCCAGCUUCUCCACAGCCACCUCGCUGCCCAGCAGCUCCUCGGCUUCCUCGUGCUCGGCGCUGGACUCCAGCGCCCCCGAGAGCGGCCGUAAGCCCCCAGCGGCCCCAGCGCCUGCGGCCCUGGCGCGGGAGUGCGUAGUGUGUGCUGAGGGUGAGGUGAUGGCCGCGCUGGUGCCCUGCGGCCACAACCUCUUCUGCAUGGACUGCGCCGUCCGCAUCUGCGGCAAGAGCGAGCCGGAGUGCCCGGCCUGCCGCACGCCCGCCACCCAGGCCAUUCGCGUGGAGACAACGCGGCCAAGCGGCACCUCAGUUCUUAACAAAUGACAGUAUUGAGUCGACAGGUUAAAAUAAACCAGAGAGAAAAGGCCUGCUUGCCUGCUUGCACUUUUUAUUUAAGUCACUCCCUACCCCCUAUCCCCUGCCCUCCAGCCCCCAGCGCCCCCCAGCCCCCAGCCCCCAGCCCAAGGUGAUCUUUUUAAGAAGAAGAAAAAAAACACGAUUUUUACAACUCUGUGUUGUACUUCUUUUGUAUGUAGCGGAUAUCAAUUUGACAGUGUUUGUUUUCCCAUGGUCCCAACCUCUGUAGAAACUUCCAGGAGGAGGAUGGCUCCCUUUGGGGGGAUCAUAUGGUUACCCUGUAGUAUGUAAGCCGCACGCAGGCCGGAGGGGGGUGGGGGGGAGGGGGGGAGGGGCGUCCGGAACUUUCUAACUUUUUUUUAAUUAUUAAUCCCUUUCUGCUGUGGUUUCUUUUGACAGUUUUUAAUUUUUGUUGUUGUUUUUUUUAAAAAAAAAAAAACUUUUACUUUUUACCUCUUGUGUAUAUGUAGGGAAUUUAUAGGGAAAUAUGUACUUUAUGGAAUAAAUUUUAAGACUAAAAUAUAUUUUAUUUUAAAUAAAGUAACGGACCUUUAAUCUUACACAGCUAAAUUACUGAUUAUAUAUUUGCUGAGCUGACCUAAGGGUUCAGAAAAUUGUAUCAAGAGUUUUAUUUUUUGACUUCAAAGCCUUCUUAAUAAAGUCUUUUUACUACA